AUGGAAUCCACGCGAGAGGAGCGGUUGCAAAUGCGACAGCGUGGAGCUGGAACGCGCCAAAUUAAAGCAGUCGAUUUCGGAUUCUCAUUUGGAGCUCCAGCGCCCGGUCCAUCAGGCUCUGCUCCCAUCUCAUUAUUCCCCGAACCCGAGAAAUCGCAAACACAGCCCGCGCCCGCGCCAGCGCCGAGGGCUGCAACACCGCAGUCGCUAAAGGUCUCUUCGCAACCUGGAUCGCGGACGAUAAUUCAGUCUCAGCGUACACCUGGAAGCGCGCGCAAUAAUCUUCCUCGGCGGCCUUCAACGUAUGACAUACCGUCCGACGAAAGGCCCGAAGUGCCGCGAAGCAACAAAAGAAGAAGACUAAGUGCGUGGUUGAAUACAGAGCUGAUAAUCUCUUAUGCUGAUUCUAUUGGAGACUCUCCAGAGCCACGAGAUACCCCCUCAAAGCAGAGCGUCCCGGAACCUGUUGCUGACACCUCAGAGCCAAUUCAGAAUGGCGGCUCAGUGGUCACAGAAGCACAAGCACAAGCACAAGCACAAGCACAAGCACAAGCAAGCCAUGAAGCCGAUAUCUCCAUGUCAGAUGUACAAGAUGCCCAGAUCGAUGCGCCCGACUCUCCAACGCUGCCAGAAGAACCUCUGAAUACUGAAGCCGAGGUAGAUGGUAGCGCAGGGACAAUUAAUGCGGACUCUACGGCACAGCCAGAGCAAACCCCAAGCACAACACAAACCCCCAAGCUGGGCAACACAACAGAGAUUACCAAGAAAACGCUCCCUCAAAAGUUCCGGUCACCCAAGGAUGCACUACAAGAGGCCCAGCCUAUUGUUGAUCCUACAGUUGUUGAUUCUACAGACCCCUCGAGCCAGAAGCAGCGAAAGAGCCGAUCACCACCGCAAGCUGACAAGGCCCCAGAGGAAAGUGAAGAAGAGCAAAUGAUUGAAAAAGCAAAUCCCUCGACGUCUUCUCAGGGACCUCGCAAUCAGAAGACAAGAAUCCCGCGAGCCAAAUCCACCACGACCGAUGCCUUCGACGCCAAUCAAUCAGAAGAGGCUGCUGUUAUUCAACCAGACCGAAGUCACCAGCCGAACACCCUGGAUGUGACUGAUGUUGCAACCGAAGACACACCUGUAGCUCAAAAAUCGUCCGAGACGACAAAAAAGACUCAAGGUCGCAAAGGUCGUGCUGAAAAUGGAGGACGCGCGCCGGCUCAAGCUGUGGAAGAAAAGGCUCCCCCAGAAGCUGGAGCAGAGUCUCGACCCGAGGUUACUCAAAGCAAUGCCCCCUCCAAAGCUAAACGUCCACGUGGUCGGCCAUCGCUUUCCGGAAAGAAGAAUGAUGGAGAAGCACAGAAGGACCAAGGGCUGAAACGGCCUCCAGAGGCUGGGAAAGACAUAGAAUCCGGACCAUCAAAGCCACGCCGUGGUCGGCCUUCGCUUUCUGGAAAAAAGGCCGAUGGAAAAGCACAGAUACGUCCCGAAACAGAACCUGACGCGGAGCCUGGUCCAUCAAAGUCUCGUCGCGGAAGACCUGCAAAGAAUAAGCUAGCGCCAGAGCCAGAGCCCACAGCUCCCAAAAACCAAACAAACCCUGAGACUGAGCAUCGACCAGAGCCAGGACAAGAAAAUGCACCCGAACCAUCAAAAUCACAUCGUGGACGACCUGGAAAGAAGAUCACGCCGACAUCCGAGCCGGAUUCUACAAUUUCAGAAGAAUAUCCUAGCACCGAGAGUGAGCCUAGGCCCGAGUCCGCGGAACAGGAGGAUGCACCCGAACCAUCAAAACCACGCCGGGGGAGACCUGGGAAGAAGAGCAAGUCGGCAGCAGAGCCGGAAUCUAUAGCUCUAGAGGAACAACCGAAUAAUGAGAGCGAACCUAGACCUGAGCCAGACCAGGAGGAUGAACCUGCACCAUCGAAGGCUCGUCGGGGAAAAACAAAGAAGAGCAGAGCGGCAGAAGAACCCGAAACUACGACUAGGGAAGCGGAAGCUGAGACCGAGACCGCUCAAGAACGUCGGAAACCAAGAGAGCCUCGUGGCGAAACGGUCCCUGUUACUGUGCAUCGUUUAUUUAAUCCUUCAGCGCUCGGUGCAAUGUACACAUCAGCUGGUUCUGGCGACGAGGAUGAAGAGUCUGCCGAUGAGCUCUCCACUCGCCAAAAGACCAAGCUUCCUAAUCGCGGUGGUGUUAACCCGGCCGAUGUUUUGAGCCAAAUCUGUCGUGAAACACUGGAGAAGACGCUCACGGCUCUCAAUAACGGAAUAGCGAACGAAACAAACACACAACGGCGGGCGGAGUGGACACGCAAACGAAGGGCUGUCGAAGCCUUUGGCUCUGAACUUGAUGGACGCCUGCUGGACCUGAGCGAGAUGCUUGAUAGCAAUUUUGUGCUUGGUGUGCAGCUCAGGAAGACCAAGCGCGAAAUGAUGGAUUUGCGGAGCCAUCUAUACAAGGUGCGGCGGGAACGAGAGAGCAUUGCUCUACAGAUGGAUGCAGUGCGUGACAAGCAUAUGGAAGAGGAGAAUGCAAGAAACUCUCGCACCACCAUCAACAAUUCCCUCCACAGCCUUGAACUUGCGCUAGAUCGCAGUCAACACCGGCCCUCAUUAACCACUAAUCCUUCCCCGGCAGAUCUGGAGUUUAAGCUCCGCACCGUGGCCGAGGAUGUGAGCAGUCGAGCACCGGGAGCACAGGGCGGAUUGCUCAACCAGGUCCGCGCAUUUAAUGAGCAACUGGAAACUACGGCUCGCCGUUUAGAACGGUGA